UGCGUAGCCAUCCAAUUUGGCCUUGCGUACAUCUAACUCCAACCCAUCAAAAUCAUUCCCCGUUUCACGAACUUUUUCAACCCAAAAAAUGACUAAUUAAUUCAACCGAACGAAUAAAUUUGAAGAACCGACUCAGUCUCCCUCCUCCUUCCAUAUAUACAAUCGACCGACCAACCAACUCUUCCGGCCAUAACCACAUACUAGAGCCCAACUUGCACCUAGAGCCAACCAUGUCGACCGAGGAGAAAGUACCCGACCCCGAGGGGGCGAAGCCUGCUGCCGAGGAGCCCCCGCCGCCGUCGAAAGGUCCAAACUUGUUCACGGCGGACGUGGUUCUUCGAGGGUUGCUGUUUGCUUCCACGGUGACGGCAAUCGUGGUCUUGGUCACUAGCAACCAAACGGAAGAAACUUCUGUUCCGGGAGUACCGUUCCCGGUGCCUGUCGAGGCUAAGUUCAACAACUCUCCUGCUUUCGUAUACUUUUUAGUGGCCCUCUCAGUGGCUUGCCUCUACAGCAUCAUCACAGCCCUCGCAUCCAUCUCGGUCGUCUUGAAGCCAGACUUCUCAGCCAGCUUCCUCCUCUUCUUUGUGCUCUGGGAUGUGGUGAUGCUGGGAAUAAUGGCCUCAGCAAUAGGGACAGCAGGAGGGGUUGGAUACAUAGCGCUGAAGGGGAACAGCCAUGUGCGUUGGGCCAAGAUUUGCCACGUCUACGACAAGUUCUGCCAGCACAUUGGAGCAUCCGUUGCAGUGUCGUUCCUUGCUGCUUUUGUUCUCAUCCUCCUCAUCACCCUUUCCAUCGUCUCUCUGCACAAGAAGAUCCCACAAUAGAAGAAAUGUCACACUUUUGAGAGUGUGACUUUGGCUUGGCUAUUUACGAUCCCCCCCUGUGAAAAUGUUGUCUAUGUUUUGUACCUCAAGUACAGGUAGAUAGAUCAUAGAUGUGUUCUGCUUGUGGAUAAGAAACGUAUCAUCUGUCCUCUGUAUUGUCACUGCAUAUGUCUUGUUCUGGAAUUUAUAGUGACAUGCCGUCUUUUUCUUA